AUGCCGGAUGCGAUUCUUGUUUUGAUUCUUUCACGUCUUUCAUCCACAGAAGAAGCAAUUCGAAGCAGCAUUUUGUCCAGACGAUGGAGGUUUUUGUGGACUGCACUUCCCUCUCUAGAAAUAAACCUACCCUGCAGAGAAGAAUUCAAAAAAAACGAAUUCAAAGAGUUUGUGUAUUGGGUUUUAGCAAGCAAAACCGUAGAUUUGGAUAGUUUUCGUCUAUGUUGUGAGAAUUUAUACAGUAUGUCAACAGUUGAAAGGUGGAUUCAUAUGGCAGUUACGAGAAACGUCAAACAUCUUAACUUGACAUUUUUCCCUAAGGAGAAGACCAAAGCUAUCGAGUUGCCCCAUUGUCUGGUGACAUGCAGUUCGUUGGAGGUAUUAAAGUUGGAGUGGGUCAGCAGUCCUGGUCUAUCUUUGCCUAAGUUUAAGGGGUUUCCAGCACUUCGGCUCAAGCGGCUGAGUAUUAACUGUGAAAAUAGGGACUGCUGUGACAUUAAAAUUUCUUGCCCAAAACUGGUGGAUUUGAAUUUGACAGGUUCUAUGGCUUGUAAUGUUUUCUGUGACCGUUUAGACUCCUUGAAGAAAGUUGUUAAUGACCCUGUAUCGGGCAGGAGCAAUAUUGUACCUGUGUUGUUUCAUGGAAAUUCUCAUGUCAAAUCUUUGAGGGUGCACCUUUACUUCUUGUGUGAGUGCUUUAAAUCUGCAUGUGAUCUGGCUCUACCUAAUCUGAAGACUUUGGUGCUAACCACAACAAUGGGUGCUUUUACCAUCAAUGAACUCAUCCGAAUUCUCAAAAAUUGUCCCAAAUUGGAGUCACUCAAUCUGACCAUUAAAAAGGUGAAUAACGAUGGCUCCGAGGCAGCAACCAAUACCACUGGAGAAGGCAUGGCAAUCGUAUUUGUAGGUGACACCGAAGUAGGGGCAGGAGAGGGUGUGGUAAUCGGAGCUAUGGGUGGGGGUAACAGUGAAAGAGGUGGUGGUGGUAUAUCAUGUCGUAUAGAUGUCUCAGGGAUAACAGGGAGUGGGUAG